AUAGUCAGCCAGCACACAAAUAGAAACAGACAAUGAAAGAUAAACUGGAGGAGGUGAUAGCCAACAGUAGAAAGCUAUCUACGGCAGCCAACAGUGUCAGUGAAAUGGAUCUGGAUGAGUCCGAGCUGAACGAUCCGUUCCAGGCGCUCAUGGAGAAGGCGGGCAACCACGGCCGCUACCAGACACUCUACAACUAUGUGUUCGUCGCCGGGCUGGCGUUCGCCGGCGCCAUGGUCUACAUGAACAUCAUCCUGGCGCUGAACAUACCGGAUCACUGGUGCACGGUGCCGGGCAGGGAGCACACCAAUCUCACAAUGAAUCAGUGGCUCGAUUUGACGCUGCCCAAGCAGACUGACAAUCGGGGCAAGGAGACGCACAGCAACUGCGAAAUGUACGAUGCAAACUUUACAGAGUUAACUGAUUUUUCGGCCUGGCGCAGCAGCCGCAGCAAGAAUCAGACGACAGCUUGCCAGCACGGUUGGACCUACGACCAGACCUGGUAUGACAGCACAAUACCCACGGACCAGGACUGGGUCUGCGCCAAGGAUUUGUUCGUGACAAAUGUGUUCGUUGUCGGCCGCGUGACCGAGGUGGUCGGCUCAUUUAUAUUUGGCCAAAUGGGCGAUUCCUUCGGACGCAGCGUGGUCUACUACAUUAGCGUCAUCUUCUGCUCGGUGGGGCGCCUGGGGUCUGUGCUGUGCACGUCCUCCUACACGUGGUUCCUCAUCAUGUCCGGCAUUGUGGGCCUCACCGUAAACAGUCUCUUCCAAUCGCCGCAAAUCAUUGGCAUGGAAAUCUCCCGAGAGGAGGAUCGCAGUCGCAUCGCCCUCUUCCAGAGCGUGGGCUGGUCCGUGGGCACGACGCUGAUGCCGCUUCUCUUCUGGUGGCUGCGCCACUGGGAAUCCUUUAUGUGGCUGACUUCGCUGCCCACGGCGAUGGUCUUGCUGUUCUCCAAAUAUGUCAUCGAAUCGCCGCGCUGGUUGAUUAGCAAGCGACGCUUUCGCGAGGCCAUUGUCCAGUUCAAGAAGAUUGCCAGAAUUAAUGGACGCACAUUCGAUGUGACCGAGAAGGAGCUGACCGAAAUCUAUAGCCAGGACAAGCACGAGGUCACCUAUGGCAUGGCCUCGCUCUUCGCCGGCUGGCGGCUGGCCCGCAACACCACAAUCAUGGGCUUUAGCUGGUGCGUUGUUGCCGUUUCCUACUUCACGCUGGUGCUCUUCAGCUCGCGCAUGGCCGGCAAUCCGUUUUUGAACUUUUUGUACCAGAGCAUUGUGGAAAUACCCGCGUACAUGGUGGGCAAGUACAUGGGCGACAAGUACGGCCGGCGCUUUACCAAUUCGGUGUCCUUCCUCACCUCGUUCCUCACCUGCCUGCCCAUCAUCGCCUAUGCGACGGACGAGCGAUUCGAGUGGCUGAUGAUCUACCUGUCCACCUUCAUCAAGUUCCUCAACGCGCUCACCUUCUUCACGGCCAACCUGCAGUGCCUGGAGAUCUACCCCACGUGCAUGCGCCAGACGGGCAUCGCACUGGGCACCAUUUUGGCGAAUGCGAUCGGAGUGCUGGCUCCGUACCUGGUGUACCUGGGGACGACGGUGAAUAUACGCGCGCCGUACUACAUUCUGGGCACCCUGUUUCUGCUGGGCGGAAUCGGUGCGCUGUUCCUGCCCGAGACGCUGCACAAGAAGCUACCAGACACCAUCGAGGAGGCAAAGAACUUUGGCAGACACGAUAAAUUCUUCAGUCUGCCAAAAGCGCCGCCGGUGCUGAGCAAGACGCCAGAUGCCGAGCCGGAGCUAACCAAGCUGAAUCAGCCUUCAUUUGCGCCAUGAAUCAGUAGCUACAGCUCAAGCGGAAUCUGAAGUCGAGCCAGGAGCUGACGCAGAAAGGCAAUUGAUUUGCUGUGGCCCGUUGUGAUGUUACAUUAAGUACGCCCCAAGUAUUACGAAUAAAGUGUUGUUAUACUUAA